AGAAGAUUAUCCAUGUUUAAACAAUGCUGAAUUUGAAGAGAUGAUUAAUAUGGCAGGUGAUUUUUUGACAAUUCAAGAAGAAAAUAUGAAUAAUACAAAUCAUACUAAUAAAAAUAAUGUAGUUAAUGAAUUAAAUAAAAAUGAAGAUAUCAAUAACACAAAUGCUGAACAAUAUAUUGCUACUAAUUUAGAUACAAAUACAAGAGUAUUGUUACAAGAAUAUUCUAAAUCUGAGCUGGAAAGUGAAAAAUCUAAAAAUGAGCCUAUA